AUGUCUGUUUAUGAUCUUUUCUUUGCGUUCGGAAAACCCGGGACAUACUUCCUGGACCACACCAAAGAUACUUGCGAGCAAAGACUACCGAAAAGCUACUACGAGUGGACGAAAACACGACCCAUUCAAACAGUGAACUCUUUCGCGGCUAAUGCCAACGAUACGCUUUUCAUGUGUUGGGAGGAUAGGGAUGGCCGUGGACAGGGUGGUUACAACAGAGGGCUCAAGCGUGAUUACCCUGCACUAUACGAGUUCGUUGAGGAGCACGGAAAGAGGAAGUGCCGCGUAGCAUUUGGACCCGACCCUGGAGAUUUUGUUGUUUUCGUCCCAGAGACGGGAAAGGCGAAAUGGAAACACACCGGAAUUAGUGACAGCAGAGUCCUCAAGGGUAAAAGACGAGUGAAGCAUUGCUCCCUCGGACAGAAUGACGCCUAUGUUGUUCUAUGGGCUGAUGGGGCUGUCACUUGGGCAGUUGAUCACAACUACCCAGAGCUGGAGAAGAUUCUUCAAAACACCAACCAAGGAGAUGUUGUGUUUGUCUGUCUCAAUCCCUAUCGCGCCAACGAAUUCUUCGUCGCUCUCGCCGAUGGCGUAGUGCAUAUUCGAGCUAGCGCGCUUGCAGAACGGCAUGUUCUGGAUAUUCUGAGCGACUAUUCAAGUAUUCAAGUCAUCACAAGCAACGUGACUAAAUCAAGUCAAUCUCUCUCAUCGAAGCUUGGCCUGUCUUCGAGCACACGGACAAAGGAGUUCACCAAGUUUAUUGCAAAGGAGGUUGCCGGUGGGAUCAUAUCAACAGCCAUAGCGGCUACCUUUUCCUGUACAGUGAUGUAA